UGUUACUUUCUUCUGCUCCGUCUCAGAUAGGGAUCUCAAAACACACAGACACCUCAAACCCUAAUUUCGUCAACUCUUCCACAGAUUCGAUUCGAUCGAGCAAAAUGGCGUACGCUUCUCGCUUCCUCUCCAGAUCUAAGCAGCUACAGCGAAGUCUGGUCAUUUUCCAGCAGCAACAUGCUAUUCCAGUCAGAGCCUUUGCCAAGGAAGCUGCUCGUCCAACAUUUAAAGGAGAUGAGAUGUUGAAGGGUGUCUUCUUUGAUAUCAAGAACAAGUUCCAGGCUGCAGUUGAUAUUCUCCGAAAGGAAAAGAUCACCCUUGCUCCAGAGGACCCAGCUGCGGUAAAACAGUAUGCAACUGUAAUGAAGACCAUCAGGCAAAAGGCAGGCAUGUUCUCAGAAUCUCAACGCAUUAAACAUGACAUUGAUACCGAGACUCAAGAUAUUCCAGAUGCUCGUGCAUACUUGUUGAAGUUGCAGGACAUCCGCACCAGGAGGGGGCUCACUGAUGAGCUUGGUGCUGAGGCCAUGAUGUUCGAGGCUUUGGAGAAAGUCGAAAAGGACAUAAAGAAGCCUCUCCUGAGAAGCGACAAGAAAGGAAUGGAUCUUUUGGUUGCAGAGUUUGAGAAAGGCAACAAAAAGCUUGGGAUUAGGAAAGAAGACCUUCCUAAAUACGAGGAAAAUUUGGAGAUCAGCAUGGCCAAAGCUCAGUUGGAUGAGCUGAAGAGUGAUGCUGUUGAAGCUAUGGAAUCUCAGAAAAAGAAGGAGGAAUUCAAGGAUGAGGAAAUGCCCGAUGUGAAGUCUUUGGACAUCCGUAACUUCAUCUAAGGGUUGAACCUGAGAAACAAUUUGAUUUGUUGUAAGAAAAGGCAGAAGAAGAUGUUUGCCUAAAAAGAGAAGAUAUCGUUCCCUUACUGCUUCUGUUUUUGGUUUUGGCAAAAUUAAUAAGGUCUCACCAUGGAUUUGAAUACCAAAAUUGUUCUCUAACUUUCUCCUGUGGUUAUAUUUACACUUUGAGAUUUUUAGACACAAACGUGGUUUCAUGUUUUUUUUGAUAAUGGUGAUAAAUGAUACUUUUGAGA